AUGCUGAUGUUAAGACAUGCUCCCCCGGGUGACAUGCUGAUGUUAAGACAUGCUCCCCCGGGUGACAUGCUGAUGUUAAGACAUGCUCCCCCGGGUGACAUGCUGAUGUUAAGACAUGCUCCCCCGGGUGACAUGCUGAUCAGUAACCACAGCAGUAACCACAGCAGUAACCACGGGAGUAACUACAGCAGUAACCACGGGAGUAACCACAGCAGUAACCACAGCAGUAACCACAGCAGUAACCACGGGAGUAACCACAGCAGUAACCACAGCAGUAACCACAGCAGUAACCACAGCAGUAACCACGGGAGUUACCACGGGAGUUACCACAGCAGUAACCACGGGAGUAACCACAGCAGUAACCACAGCAGUAACCACAGCAGUAACCACAGGAGUAACUACAGCAGUAACCACGGGAGUAACCACAGCAGUAACCACAGCAGUAACCACAGCAGUAACCACAGCAGUAACCACGGGAGUAACCACAGCAGUAACCACAGCAGUAACCACGGGAGUUACCACGGGAGUUACCACAGCAGUAACCACAGCAGUAACCACGGGAGUAACCACAGCAGUAACCACAGGAGUAACUACAGCAGUAACCACGGGAGUAACCACAGCAGUAACCACAGCAGUAACCACAGCAGUAACCACGGGAGUAACCACAGCAGUAACCACAGCAGUAACCACGGGAGUAACUACGGGAGUAACCACAGCAAAAACCACAGCAGUAACCACAGGAGUAACUACAGCAGUAACCACAGCAGUAACCACAGCAGUAACCACGGGAGUAACCACAGCAGUAACCACAGCAGUAACCACGGGAGUAACCACAGCAGUAACCACAGCAGUAACCACAGCAGUAACCACAGCAGUAACCACGGGAGUAACCACAGCAGUAACCACAGCAGUAACCACAGCAGUAACCACAGCAGUAACCACAGCAGUAACCACGGGAGUAACCACAGCAGUAACCACAGCAGUAACCACACCAGUAACCACACCAGUAACCACACCAGUAACCACAGCAGUAACCGCAGCAGUAACCACAGCAGUAACCGCAGCAGUAACCACAGCAGUAACCCCAGCAGUAACCACAGCAGUAACUACAGGAGUAAGAUACAAAGUGUGAUGUAUUAG